UUGUUUACAGUAUGCCUGUCUGUGGAAGCACAUUCGCCAUGGUUCACUACGUUUCUUGUCCUUGGCAUUUUCACCUGCGCAGUCAAUCGUCUUUUUCUGAAUGCCGAGAAAUUUCUUGUCUCGCGUGACUGGGUUGUUGUGCUUAGCGAUGGAAAUACGCUGUCAAGUCUCAACGCUACCCUGACUGCACUGGAUCAAUUGACUAAUGUGAUUUCUCCUAUCAUUACUGGGGUUCUAGUGACGGCUUGGGGUCUUCGUGUCACGUGUGCGAUUUUCGGUGCAUUCAGCUUGGUGUCGAUGGCAUCGAAAGCGUUCUUUCUUCGAGCAUUGUAUGUACGCAAACCCAAGCUGGCUCAUAAGGAACGGGAAGCGACAAAACAAAAAUUUGAAGGCAAAACAUCGCGUGGGUCAAGGGUAGUCGCUGUGCUUGAAAGUAUCCCUGAUGUGUUACGGACUUACGUUCGCCAAACGGUGAUAGCUGCAGCAUUUGGCAUGGCACUGCUGUUCAUGACUGUGAUGGGAUUCGACGGCUUGGCCGUUGGAUACGGUCAGUCAGCUGGUUUGCAGGAUUUCGUGCUUGGCGCAUUCAGAUCCUAUGGGUCAGCAAUGGGAAUUCUUGGUGCGCUAUCAUAUGCCUUCUUUGAACGUCGUCUGGGAGUACGGAAAACAGGGUUACUUGGACUCACAUGUCAACAAAUCUGCCUCAUCGUGGCUGUAAUCUCCAUAUGGUUGCCUGGUUCACCAUUUGAUCCCAAGGGAUACUUUCAUGGACGAGCCGCACAGGGACUAGAAGACAUCGUUGAACCGAAUCCCACUAAAAGUGGACAGAGUUUGGACAGUAUCAUCACGUUUCUAAGUGGAAUCGCCACAGCUCGAUUUGGUCUAUGGAUGGCUGAUCUCUCGAUUAUUCACAUCAUGCAGGAAGGUGUACCAGAAAGUGAUCGUAACACAGUUUUCGGUGUACAUAACGCGCUAUGUCAGACAUUCUCGGUUCUCAAGUCUACUACUAAUACAGAGAGACAGUAG